UAAAGCAGCACCGCUCAAAAGUACUUUAUUUCACAUUCGAUUAACACUCAGCCGCUGAAGUUUAUUUAAAAGCCUUUUUGGGGAUACAAAAAGAGAAACCAAGAAAAAAAGUUCCGUUGAAAUAAAAUCCCAAAUAAUGACCAGAAUACUAAAGCGCUACUUUCGCCUGCAACGUUUCAUUUUUUCCGGCCUUGGUUUGGACAUUGCUGCCACACCGGAAAAAAUGGUCAAGCGGCCAUGGUUGAUGAUGACCCCCCUGGUCAUGUCCAUACUCCUGUGCAUUGCCAACGGCCACUAUGUGCUGGACAAUGCCAGCGAUUAUUUGGAGGCCACCGAUUCGUUGACCCUACUCUGUCAGUCGUUAAUCUCUGUGUGGAAAGUUAUUAUGGUCAUAUGGAAGCGUAAGGAAUUUGCCAAUAUGAUUGCCCGUAUCGAACGUUUAAAUGUAAAGGCCGAGGGCGAAGAAUUGAAAAUCGUACGCCGAGAAAAUACUCGAGAUAUUAUUUUUUCAACAACGUAUUUUGUGCUGGUACUGCUAACGGGCGCCUGGAGCCUGCUGGUGCCCAUAUAUUUUGCGGUGCACGUCUACGUGACCACCGGUGAAGUGGAUUUACCCGUGCCCCAUAAAGCAACCUACUUUUGGAAUCAUGAACACGUUAAAGGCUAUUCGCUGGUUUACAUUUGGGACGUUUUCAUCAUCUACUUCAUAGCCUGUUCGGCUGUCAGCACCGAGAGCAUGUUCUCAUGGCUGGUGUGCAAUAUCAUUGCCCAGUUUCGUAUUCUAAUGCAUCGUUUGGAGGUGGCCUCGCGUCAGGUGAUGUCCACGCGGCCAAUGACAGCCUCACAUCAUGUCGACGAUGAUGACGAUAAUCCCCUGAUGGGUGAAUUGGAUCCGCAGGCAGGCAUGGUGGAUGCAAUUAUUGCCUGUGUGAAAUUCCAUCGUCGUACCUUACGGCUGACACAGGAGCUAAAUAGUCUCUAUGGAGCCAUCAUAUUUGUUAAGUUUAUUGUUUCCGGAACGCAGAUUUGCUGUUUGGCCUUUCAUUUGGUGCGCGGCAAUAAUUCGCUGUUUAAUGUGGCCUAUUUGUGUAUGUUUCUGUCGGCGGCAGCCUUGCAGUUGAUAUUGUACUGCUACAAUGGGCAGAGGUUGAAGGAUGAGAGUCUAUUGGUGACAACAAAAAUCUACUCGAUUUUCCCCUGGUCCAAGAUGCCCGUCUCCACCCAACGUAUGCUGCUGAUACCCAUGAUACGUGCCCAGCAAUUUAGUGAACUGCGUGGCGUAUUCUUUACUGUCGAUUUGAGUCUGUAUUUGUGGGUCUUUAGAACUGCUGGCUCCUUGAUUGCUGCUUUAAAAACAUUGGAGGAAAAAGAAUAAGGGUUCUCCAAAAAAGACACGAAGAUAUGCUCAAGACAAGUGGUAGCAAUUGCAAAUUCAAGUAUUUUAUGAACAUGGAAUUUUAUUAAAUGUUCUUUGUUUCAGUUUAAACGAAAUAAAAAUGGAAUUUAGUAGUUAA